AUGGCCCAAAGUGGCGGCCAAUUUAGAAACGAAGAGUUCCGCGUUCGUUCCCGUCCAAAUCGAGCCGGAAAUGGCGACCGUCAAAUUCCAAACAGACCUCAAUUCCUGCCGGACAGGGUGCCCGAUCUCACAAAAGAUAUUGCCGACGUCGUCUGUGGCCUUGAUACUGACGGAGUUCUUAUUGGUCUGGCGGGAAUAAAAAGCCUCCUCGUCGUUCCACUUCUUGUACUAGGUGUUGUCAUCAUAAGCCAAGAUCAAUCCAUCGAAGACGGCUCGGGUAUGAGUUCAACUGCGGACUCCUCGUCUGAACCUUCGUCCAAUCUUAGAAGUUACGUUGUUUCGUUCAUUUCUGGCCUUACGAUGGCAGUCUCGGCUGCCGUUGACUUUAUUUUAUUUCGACAACGUGACUCGUCCAGAAUACUUGCAUACACUUCAUCCUCAGCGUUCACCUUUGUGGCCGAUAUUAUUUGCAUUGAUUAUGUUCGAACUGUUAUUACAUCUGCGAAAGACGACACGCAGAAGCCACUUUACAUCACUUGUAUGACGAUCACCAUUCUUGGAGCAGUUCUUGCCGUGGUUUCAAUGUAUGUUGGCGCUAGAAUGGCAGCCUUAGAGGAGAAACGACUGAUGACCGAAAGAGGAGGUCGACUGGCUGUCCUCAAAAAGAAACGUGAAAUUAUCGCCAUGAAGAAACUCAGCAGGCUAAUGCAAGAUCAACGAUUCGGUGAUCACGUUGGCCAGGAUCCAGAAGGAUUGCCUGUUUCUCUUCAUGGCGAGGACGAUGGUCAAGAUAGGGAAGGCAACCAUUUCCAGGGAAAGUGUCAAGAUAGUAUAUGCGCCUUUACAUCAUUAAUGACUUGCUCUUAUAUUCAAGAUUGCAAGAAGCGCUUCCUAUCUCGACACCGAUCGCUAGAGUGGUCAUGA